AAAUGUUGGUCAAACAUAUGUUUAUUGUUGUAGUGCGGCAUGUGCUCCGAUUUGUUAAUAUUGCCGCUCAACUUGCUAGAUAAUAGCGAAUUGGAGCCACAACGAUGUGUUGUACCUGCUCAAUAUGGACGGGAAUUUCAUAGCAGAUGGUGCAAGUGUUUGCUGCACGAUGGCAGCUAUGCCGUUUGCCGAGUGACUGCAAGGGAUGCUCAUGAAACCUGUUGCUUUCUGGACGACGUAGUCACAUCAAAGAAUUUCACUGUGAAUAAUCAACGCCUCUGCAGCUUUGAGCCUUUAAAGCAGUUUACGGAAGUGUCAGAAGUCGGCUGCGUUGUUACAAUCAACGAGCAGCUGCUAGAACGUCCAAACAUUUCAUUGGAGGAACUGCGCGACGAUGUUCGCAUAUUUCUGCGGCACCUUAAACUCAUCUCAGGCUGUCAUGUGCAACAUACACGCCUCCAGAAACUCGGCAUCGUCAGCAUUGAAGUCUGUUAUGCCACUGGAUUAGAAGACAAUAGUUGCUUUGAACUACAACGCGAGACGCCUCUAAAGAUUGUGGAUGUGCGCUUGGCUACACCUUCCGCGUUGCCACGGCCACCACACUAUCACACCCAAGGCUUUGAGAAAGCACUGGAGGCAUUGGGUCAGCUGCUCAUCAACGCUGCCAGGCAACAGCUGCAUGGCCUGCCACUAAAUGCGCUGCUCGUUGGUCCAGUGGGUUGUGGCAAGAGCACGUUGCUAGCUGAGUUGCUGCAUGCCCACAACUGUAAUGUCUUAUACGUGACGGCGUCGCAGGUGCUACGCUCUUAUCCCGGCGAGACGGAGCAGCAACUGCGUCGCAUCUUCCACGCGGCGCACGCUUUCAAACAGCGGCUGCAGCCGAAUCAACGAAUUGUGCUGGUGCUCGAGGAUCUGGAGUUGUUCUGUCCUGCGGAAUCACAAGAUCCUGCUGCGCUGCGCAUUGCAGCACAGCUCUACAGGCUCAUCGAUGAGCUGCCGCAACACAACAGCGGCAUCUUGUGCCUGGCCACCAGCAGUGCUCCAGAUGCCAUCAAUAACCAAGCACGACGCGCCGGUCGCUUUGGUCAUGAGAUUAGCAUAGAGCUGCCCACGGUGCAGCAGCGUCGUCAGCUUUUUGCUUCACUCUGGCAGCGGCAACCAGAUAAAGCGGAGCUGCUUACCGAAGCAGCGCAGGAUUAUGUGGCGCAACACACGCAAGGCUUUGCUAUCGCCGAUCUCGAGCUGUUCAAACGGCAGCUGCAACAAAAACUUAUCAACCACUGUCCAACUGCGGCAGAGUUUGAACUCCUGUUGCAGCAGACGUUGCUGCAAUGCAAGCCCAGCGCUUCACGUGCCAGCGAUGUCCGAGUUCAGCACUUGACCCAGGGAUUCGAAGUGAUUGGCGGCAUGGCGGCAUUGAAGCGCACGCUACAGGUAUCCAUUUUGGCUGCACUGCAGCAGAGCGCCGCCCAUGCACGCUUUGGCCUCAGCUUGCCACGUGGUGUGCUGCUCUACGGUCCUCCAGGCUGUGCCAAGACAAGCAUAGCCAAAUGCCUGGCCAAGGAGGCGCACAUGAGCUUUAUAGCCACCUCGGCGGCCGAGGUCUACUCCCCCUAUGUGGGCUGUGCCGAGCGCUUUGUUGCCCAAUUGUUUAACACGGCUCGCAAGCAUGCGCCUUGCCUCAUCUUUCUGGACGAGAUUGAUGCCCUCGUCGGACGCCGGACGGUAGCCAAUGGCACGGGAGGAGGUAGUGUACAGCUGCGCAUUUUGUCCACGCUCCUCACCGAGAUGGAUGGCAUUGUUAGUGUCGCUGGUCAACAGCACAUUCUUGUGGUGGCCGCCACAAAUCGUCCAGAUAUGCUCGAUGAUGCGCUGCUGCGUCCGGGUCGCUUUGACAAGCUCAUCCACGUUCCAGCACCGGAUUUGGAGUCACGUCUAGCGCUGCUCCAGUUGCACAGCAAACGAAUGCCCUUUGAUAAACGUCUGCAGCUAGAGGAGAUCGCGGCACGCACCGAUCGCUUCUCGGGCGCGGAUCUGUGCAAUCUUUGCAAUGAAGCGGCGAUUGAGGCAUUCCAGCGGGACUUUGAUUGUAGCAGCAUUGAGCUGCAGGACUUUGAAACUGUGCUGAGCCGACUGAAGUCUUCGCUUAGCCAAAACCAGAUCGAAAGUUACUACCAAUUCCAGUCCAGCAGAUUGUAAUGGAUUGCAAGGCAAAUAAAUCAGGGACUAAAAUUAUUAUUGUAAAUAAACCAAUUGUAAAAAUGAGAACUUGUUUUUUC